GGGAUGGUUUUUUGAAUCAGCGGCGUUGUUAUUGACGCCAUAUUGCUGGUGUGGAAGAGUCACAGAGGCGCACGGCUGCUACCGCCGCGGCUAUCUCUCGUCAUCGGCGGCCUCAGGCCGGGUAGCCUCCCGUCGUGCCGCUCCCACCGGCCUAGACACCCUCCCGGAUUCGGCCCGGGGAGGAUUUUCCGCGGGCGGAGCCGACGAGUCCAGCCGAGCCGGGCCGAGAGCUCCGGGCCGCUCCCUGGAGACGCAGGCGGAGCCGGUGGCCAGCAGGCAGCAGAAAAGCCCAGGAGGCGCGUAGCGGUGGCGACCCAGAGCCUGACGCGGCGAGGCAGCGCCUGAAGCGCCUCCUCCGCCUCCCCUUCUCCUCCGUUCCCUCCUUCCCCCCCCAGUCUCGUCAGCCCCUUCCGGCCCCGCUCGCUCGCUCUCGGUGGCAAAGGCCCAGCCUGCUCAGCUCCUUCAGCCUCUUCGUCCUCGUCGUCUCCUUCCUCCACCUCCGCCAUGGCCUGCGGCGCCACCUUAAAAAGGACUCUGGAUUUCGACCCGCUCCUGAGCCCGGCCUCGCCGAAGCGGCGGCGCUGCGCCCCUUUGUCCGCUUCGGCGGCCGCCGCCUCCUCUUCCUCCGCGGCCUCCUUCGCCUCGUCCCCGCAGAAAUACCUGCGCAUGGAGCCUUCGCCCUUCGGGGAAGUGUCCACUCGCCUCACCACAGAGCAAAUUCUGUACAAUAUAAAACAGGAGUACAAACGCAUGCAGAAGAGGAGACAUCUAGAAAACUUUCAGCAAACAGAUCCCUGUUGUUCUACUGAUGCACAGUCACAAGCAUUUCUCCUUGGUGGACCAGCUUUGCCAGGUACUUCAUCUGCAGCAUCAUCGCCACUGAAAAAAGAACAGCCCCUCUUUACUCUCAGACAAGUUGGAAUGAUAUGUGAACGCUUGCUCAAAGAACGUGAAGAGAAAAUCCGUGAAGAGUAUGAAGAAAUUUUGACCACAAAACUUGCAGAACAGUAUGACGCAUUUGUGAAGUUCACGCAUGACCAGAUCAUGCGACGAUAUGGAGAACAGCCUGCAAGUUAUGUUUCAUGAAUCAUGUUUUCUGCAUAUGUGGGCAGCCCUGAAACCCUGUUCUAUUGUUGCAAGCUGUCCUUUAAAGACUUGCAACAAUGCCAUAUUCCCCCUUCCCCUCUCUGUAUACACUGGUUAUUUCAAGCUUUUGUCAGUGGCAACCACUCUUAUGCAGCAACUGGUUUUGGAGUGCUCCCUGAUGUCAGUACCACCUGGAUGUGGACCUUUGCUACCUGUUAAUACCAGUGGUCUCAUUUGCUGUAUCAUUACAAUUUGGCUUAUGUUAAUAAGUUUGAAAAGUAAAAGGAUUAAAGCUGGUGUACUAGAACUCUGCCCUUCACUGGUUGUGUAAAUAAAAGUGUAGAAUGACACUUCUGACUGAAGUUAGUGUGGUUUUCAUAACUGUGCACUGCAAAGCUAUAUUCACAGUUAAAUUAGAAUGUAAUUCCUGGACAAAUUUAAAGCAAAUAGCCCACAGUACUGCCUGUGAAAUAGUGAAGGAGGGCAUUUCUGUAUUCCAUGACUUUUUGGGGGGUUAAGAAUGGGUUUAUAUAAUUUCUCAUUUUUGUAGGUUUUAUUUAUUCUAUCAGUCUUUAACAAAUGUUUAUUGCUGCAAUUUUUCAGUGUAUCAUUGUUUUACUGCCCUUGUAGUACUGGAAUUUAGUUGAAAGAAUAAACAUUUACUUCUAA